GAUAUAAUCGGACGGAGAAGAGAUCGCCAAAAAAUCAGGCACCACAUAGGCAUCUGGACAUCUCUCCACGACCGUGUAUUAACUUUCUCAGUGUGUGCUACUUGAGACGAAAUGAUGGACAUUAUUAUAAGUUUCUGUUGUUUCUGAAGCACCUCACGGGACAACAGGCAGACUGUAGCGCGCCUCUCUUGUGUUGAUAUCAGACUAACAUGUAAUUCGAGGGUGAUGCUAUGGUUUAUGAUAUACGGCUAGUUUUUUGUUUUCUACGAUAAGCGGAAACUUACGUAAGGUUAAAGCUAGCCCUGUAAAACUUUUAGAUAUUGGUUAUUGUCACACUAUGAGGAAAUCUUAGGAGUAUUUGCGCUAUUCAAUUCAGUGUGAUGGAGGACAAUUCUUCCACAAAUCUUGAAUUACGACAAAGUUCGUCGAGUAAACAAUCAUCUCUCAGAAAUGCUCCCAAAUCUCAACGAAAGGAGUCGUCUGAUUCGAUUCGUAAAAAUUCAGACACUAGUGCAAAAAGUUCAAUUAAAAAAGGAUUCCAGUCUACAGCUAGUAUUAGAUCUGGACUUGAAGCUGGGCAGACGACAAGAAAUGGAAAGGACUACUACGAUGAGGCCAGGAAAACUGUUGAAAACCAGAAUCGGGACACUUUUGAUACACCUGUUCUGGAGAGCAAACCUCCAAACUAUCUUUGGUUGGCACUUUUUACGACCAUAUUCUUUAACCCUCUUACGGGAAUCGUUGCAUUGGUAAUGGCUAUUCAAGCAGACAAUGAGUAUAUUAAUGGAAAUUCUGCCAAAUGUAGAAGACUCGGCAAGAUCGUCCGUGUGAUAUCGAUUGUCUCUAUAAUAUUGACGAUAAUCAUCAUCACAAUCGUCAGUAUCGUCUUCAACACUUAGCUGUCUCUGCUCCUCGCUCCGUGUUUUUUCCUCAGGGAUCGAUUCUCACCUUGUGCUCUAAGUGGAAUAAUCUCCACAAUGGAUAUAUUAACCGUGAAUCUUGAAAUUUGAAUUCUAGCUAGUCUUCCAUAUUAAUGUAUGUGCUUUUUUACGACUAUCCAAAUUUCUUCAACUUACGGACUAUAAGGUGAAUCAAACCAGUCAUAACUGUGCAGUUAUUUUAAUAUGUAUAUACCUGGAAAAUCUGACGAUGGGUGUAUAAUUAGAUAAUAAACCAGACUCUGUUUGUUAUCCUUAUUUGUUUUCCCCUUUUUGUGUCCUUUCAGGAAAAUAAAGGCGGAUCAAUAAUGAUCGAAUUUUUGAA